UUCGGGAAAUGAGAUUCACUUGGAACGCCACGAUCUAAUGGUCUUCUCGCACCAAACGCCUCUUGAUUGCACCAACACCUCCGCCAGUCGCCAAAUACAGAUUCAAAACCUUCUGAAUACAAGUAAAUUCAUGACACUUUGCCGUAUUCACGACGAAAUAGAAUGCUCUUAUAAAGACAUCUCCUCGCAAUGUGUAGGCCACAGGCUGAAAAGAACUACUACUAGUCUACUAUCCAGUGAUGUUGGAGUGAUGUUUACAUUUAUAGCUAAAAGUAGCAACGUUGAUCUUUUAGACCAAAUGUUAAAAGCCAUUAAUACCUCUAUUAAUGACCUUUGGCCCGGAAGUGAACCAUAUUUAACUAUAAAUGGAGACAGAGCAACAUUGGCUCCUUCAAUUUCCUCUAAAGGUCAAGUUCAAGCAAUAUGUCCCGGAGGACAAAACGCUGUCAACUAUAGAUGUGGUAAUUAUAUUUUAAAAUAUUUUUUCUACUUUUUUUUAAUAUAGAGUAUAUCUAAUAUG